AUGUUUCAUUAUAGUGGCUUUUAUGAUAUAACAACAACAGACUCACUGCAAUUUGAUUAUAGUACAAUUCAAGCUGCCACAAAUGAUUAUUCAGAGAAUAAUAAGAUUGGUCGAGGUGGAUUUGGCGAGGUUUACAAGGGUACACUUUUGAAUGGGACUGAAGUUGCGGUCAAAAGACUGUCAAAAUCAUCAGGACAAGGUGAAACAGAGUUCAACAAUGAAGUCGUUGUUGUUGCAAAGCUUCAGCAUAAAAAUUUGGUAAGGCUUAUGGGGUUUUCUCUAGAACGAGAAGAAAGGAUAUUGGUCUACGAAUAUGUGCCUAACAAAAGCCUUGAUUACUUCCUCUUUGGUCAGUUUCAUUUGUUACUUUGUUUCAACCCUGCGAUGAAGGAUCAACUAUGCUGGACACAGAGAUAUAAGAUCAUUGUAGGGAUUGCUCGGGGGAUGCUAUAUCUUCAUCAAGAUUCACGGCUCACAAUCAUACACCGUGACCUCAAAGCAAGUAACAUUCUCCUGGAUGAAGAUAUGAAUCCGAAAAUUGCUGAUUUUGGAAUGGCAAGGAUCUUUGGGAUAGACCAAACUCAGGAGAACACAAACAGAAUUGUCGGUACCUAUGGUUACAUGUCUCCCGAAUAUGCUAUGCAUGGUCAAUUCUCUAUGAAAUCUGAUGUGUAUAGCUUUGGAGUAUUACUUCUUGAGAUUAUAACUGGUAGGAAGAAUAGCAGCUUCUACGAGAGAGACAAUGCACAUAACUUGGUCACAUAUGCUUGGAGAAUUUGGACCAACAAAACAGAGUUAGACCUUGUGGAUCAAGUUAUAGUAGACAAUUGCCAGAAGAAUGAAGUGGUUCUAUGCAUCCAUAUUGGUCUUUUAUGUGUUCAAGAAGAUCUUGUAGAGCGUCCGAGCUUUUCAAACAUUUUGAUGAUGCUUACUACUAACAAUGUGACUUUACCAGUGCCUCAACAACCAGGGUUUGUCUUUCAGACUAGACAUAUAAGAGAUCUGCCUGGUUCGAAUCAAUCUACUAUGACCAAGUGUGGUGUAGUGUCUGUUGGUGAUGUGUCGGUCACUGAUUUAUAUCCUCGUUGAUUAGGUCCUAACCUUCACGCUUGGACUAAUUGGUAUUUACUGAAAACGACUGUGUUUUUGUUGAUAAUA